AUGUCAUCGUCUUCUUCUUGUGCCAAACCGGAAUUUCGAAUCGGUGAAUCGGUUUCGGGAUUCGAAGUGAUCAAGAAAAUUGGAUCGGGAGGGUUUGGAGCUGUUUAUAAAGUGCAGAAGGAUGGGAUCGAGUUCGCAUUGAAAACUGAAUUUAUCGACGAUGAGAGUGAUGAUACGCUGAAAAAUGAAGUUCACAUGCUCAGAUUGAUGCAAUGGUCGCCAUCGUUCUGUCGUCUAUACACUGCCAAGAGGCUUCCAUGGCAGAAUCAAAAAGUGAACAUAAUGGUGAUGACACUUUGUACUCGGCCCGUUUCCCGACUCCGCCGUAUGAUGCCUGAUAGACAUUUCACCAAAUCCACGGCCGCCCGUCUGUCUCUCCAACUACUGGAAGCACUUCGCGAUUUGCACAUAUCUGGAAUUAUCCAUCGUGAUGUGAAAGCAAGUAAUUGUGGAUGGCACGCUCCGACUAGAAGAAUUCUUCUUUUUGAUCUCGGUUUUUCUAGAAAAUAUCUUGAAAUUGAUCCGAUCACAACCAAGAUGCGUCAUCGGGCUGCACGAAAAGAUCCAGGAUUCAUGGGAACCAGCAAGUACUGUAGUGUAUUUGCACAUGAUGAGAAUGAGCAAGGAAGACGGGAUGAUUUAUGGGCGUGGCUCUACAGCACUGUUGAGUUUUUCCUUGGAACACUUCCAUGGUCCGAUGAAGAGAAGUCGGUUCGAGUGAGCAAUAUGAAGAAAAAAGUUGGGAGGAAGCUCUUCUUCAAAUGUCCUCGUGAAUUCGCUCUGAUGUAUGAGCACAUUCGUCAACUGAAGUAUGAUUCUUCGCCUGAUUAUCAAAUGAUGACGAACCUCUUCAAACAAAUGUUCAUUCGUCUCGACAUUGAGGAUUCUGAUCCUUUGGAUUUCGAACAGGGAUCCAUAUUUUAUGACGAGUAUUUCGUUUCUCAAACUGAUUCGGAAAAGGAAUUAAACAGUGAUUUGGGUACUUCAGAUGAGCUAGAAUCUCAUCAUAAUAAAAGAUCAGAAGUUGUUACAAUUGGAUCAAAAACCGAUUCUAGUGAAACCGAGAACAAGCUUGGAAGACUUGCCGCUGGCUUCAAUCGGGCAAUCAAUCGAAACAGAGUGGAACAAUUCGAAAACGAUCGUUAA